GCUGGCUAUUCGCAGGCUUUGCGGUUUUGUUGACCUUUCCACCGGUGACCUCCUUACCCUGCCGGCUCGCCAGCGUCGCCGAUCCCGCCGGCUCUCUCCGUCCCACUCCAUGGCGUCGGUGACCGUUACGCCUCUUUCCGCGCCCGAACCCGAGCCCUCAGCUCGCCCCGACAACCUUCCCCGGCCCAGCGUGGCAAUUUCAUGGGAUACCCAAGCUCUAUGCAAGCAUGCGGAAACCUGCGAGUUGGGAUCAGAGGCAUUCCUGAUUGAUCCUGCCCUGCUUCCAACUCUAGAAGGUCUACUUCUAGAAACAUAUGCGAUGUUGCGCCCAAAGCCAGUUGAGUAUGAGCAACGACGUACUAUGAUAGACGUCUUCAACAAAAUUGCCAAAGACAUUUUUGGUAAAAAAGAUGAUUUUCCAGUUGUGGAACCGUUUGGGUCAUUCACAAUGGAUCUAUUUACUACUAAAAGUGAUCUUGAUCUCUCUGUCAACUUUAGCAAUGAUAUGGAUGGUCAAUUUGCUCGCAAGGACAAGAUUUCUGUUAUUAGAAAGUUCGCAAAAGUCCUACAUAAGCAUCAGAGCCGUGGUCGUUGUUAUGGGGUUUUACCUGUUUUAAGUGCUAUAGUUCCUGUACUGAAGGUUACUGAUAAGGGAACUGGGGUUGAAUGUGAUAUUUCAGUCGAAAACAAAGAUGGCAUGUCAAGAUCGAUGAUAUUUAAACUUGUUUCUUCAAUUGAUGAAAGAUUUCAGAUACUUUGUUAUCUGAUGAAGUUCUGGGCUAAGACACAUGAUGUUAAUUGUCCCAAAGAUCGAACGAUGAGCUCGAUGGCAAUUAUCUCCUUAGUUGCUUUCCAUUUACAGACCCGGCAUCCUCCAAUAUUACCUGCAUUUUCCGGCUUACUGAAAGAUGGUGCAGACUUUGCAAGUGUCCAGAGAAACGUUGUGCUAUUCAAGGGGUUUGGGAGCACUAAUAAAGAAUCCGUUGCUGAACUUUUUGUAUCACUAAUGAGUAAACUACUAGCAGUAAAGGAUUUAUGGGAGCAAGGGCUUUGUGCCAGCAAUUUUGAUGGAUUCUGGAUCUCAAAGACCUGGAACAGAGGAAUUGGUAACUUGAGUGUGGAAGACUUCUUGGACAGAUCUCAGAAUUUUGCCAGAUCAGUAGGGAAGGUGGAGAUGCAGAACAUCUGUGAAUGCCUAAAGGAUACUGUUUCCAAAUUGACUGAUUUCUUUAGGGGUAAAAUUGAUGCACUGACACUGAAGAUCCUCAUUUUUGGGGCGUUAAAUCAGGAUGUGCCAGUCAGUCACCCCAGUCCAAAACAUGUUAAGAGCAAGAGGAAGAGGGAGUUGCGACAUGACCCCGGAAACAGUGAGAAGCAGCAAAAGAAAGUGAAGCACACUGCACAACGUGGCCGCGCUGCUAACAGGACUGAUUCUAUUUUACCAACUCCCACUGUAUUUAUGCCUCAUGUGCAUCAAGUAGGUUCUACCCAACCAUUUAAUCAGAUUGUGCAUCCAUCUCAGCUUCCGAUUCCUCCUCGGCUUUCCUAUGGGUUGCCACAAGCACACUUUCAUCCAGGUCCUCAUAUGAUAGGACAACCUCAUGGUAGUUUCAUCUACUCGACAGAUCCUGGGAUUCAACUGCAGCAGCAAGCCCGGCAUAUGUUUGUUCCUUUGCCAGUCCACCAGCCAGCGAUUAAUAGGUCGUUUCACCCCCAUGGUUUCAACGGGGCACAUGAGGUCCUGUAUGAUGACAAUAGCUGGUUACCUUACGGAAUCAAUCCGAAUUACAGGAGGGUAUGACAGGUGCAGCAGCUUGAGGGGGGCGGUGUAGCCAGCUAAUUGGUGGGGAACUGUGGAGUUGAUGUGUUGUAGAAUGAAAUGUGCAUUAGCAUUCAUGUAACAAGUUGUUUUGUCCAAAGUGACGGCGAAAGGGAAACCGAAAGCUUUUCUAUGUUGGUCUGCGGUGAGCAGAUUGUAAGUUUAUUCUAGACUUGGUAAUUGCUCAGCGUUGAAAUAUUUUUGGUUAGGAGCCUGGGUGAAGAUUUGAGAUGGCCAGGUAGAUAGCACUGCAGCAAAGAACAAACCAGAGUAGCUGCUGCCAACUGUUUGCCCAUGUCUGUUUUGUAAUGAAUGAGCGAACCUAUCAGUUCGUAUGAAGCAACUGUUGUAAUUCAGCUGACAAACCAGAGUAGCUGCUGCCAACUGUUUGCCCAUGUCUGUUUUGUAAUGAAUGAGCGAACCUAUCAGUUCGUAUGAAGCAACUGUUGUAAUUCAGCUGUAGCAGUUUGAUUGGUUC